GGGAGAGAGAGAGUCCUUUGGGAAGAGUCUCAAAGCGUUUUCCUCAGAGAGGGAGCGGAGUGGCGAGAGGAGAGGAAGAGGAGAUCUCAUCCGCAGGACGCAGCGCUGCUCCGGACACCACAGACACCAAGAAGAGAAAAAGAGGAAGAAAAGAAGUGUCACAUAAUGAUGACAUCUGAUCUGGGUGCCAGUUGAUCUCUUUUUUUUCUUCUGUCUGACAGCUUCACCUCAAAAGCGCACCAGGAGUGACUUUUUAAACAGCUUUUCCACACUGCGUCCAGGCGAUUUAAAUCCACGUUUGGACAUUUUUGGAUCUGAUAUGAUUUCCCUUCCGUUUUAGCACACACACUUUCUCACGAGGGACUAUAUAUUAACAGGAAUAAUCAGCUUGAUUUUUUGGAAAACGCGCCGCAGCAGCAGCAAAAAGAGCGCAACCACGUUGCUCCUCUUGAACCAGAGUGAAGGAUCUACAGGAGAAACAAGUGCACAGCAAGAAACAGGAGAAACAGCAGCAGGAGGAGAAGAAGAAGCACCACCAGAGCUAUACGGAGGUCUGUUCAUGUUCGGGAUCCAGGAGAGCAUCCAGCGGAGCGGCAGCAGCCUGAAGGAGGAGCCGCUGGGAGGCAUGAACUCUGUCCGGAGCUGGAUGCAGGGGGGAGGCGUGCUGGACGCCAACACGGCCGCCCAAAGUGGAGUGGGUCUGGCCCGGGCUCACUUUGAGAAGCAGCCGCCCUCCAACCUGCGCAAGUCCAACUUCUUCCACUUCGUCCUGGCUCUGUACGACCGGCAGGGUCAGCCGGUGGAGAUCGAGAGGACCAACUUUGUGGGCUUCAUCGAGAAGGAGAAGGAGACGACCGGAGAGAAGACCAAUAACGGGAUUCAUUACCGGCUGCAGCUUCUUUACAGUAACGGCAUCAGAACGGAGCAGGACUUUUAUGUUCGACUCAUAGACUCCAUGACUAAACAGGCGAUUAUUUAUGAAGGCCAAGACAAGAACCCAGAGAUGUGCAGAGUGCUGCUGACACAUGAGAUCAUGUGCAGUCGGUGCUGUGACAAGAAGAGCUGCGGAAACCGUAAUGAGACACCCUCAGACCCUGUUAUCAUCGACAGAUUCUUCCUCAAGUUUUUCCUCAAGUGCAACCAGAACUGUCUAAAAAAUGCAGGAAACCCACGAGACAUGAGGAGGUUCCAGGUGGUGGUAUCGACUACGGUGAGCGUUGAGGGACAUGUCCUGUCAGUCUCCGACAACAUGUUCGUCCACAACAACUCCAAACAUGGCCGACGGGCCCGCAGACUCGACCCCGUGGAAGGAACGCAGUCUUACCUAGAACACGGAGCAGCUCCUUGCAUUAAAGCCAUCAGUCCCAGCGAGGGGUGGACUACGGGGGGCGCUACGGUCAUCAUCAUAGGAGACAACUUCUUCGACGGUCUCCAAGUCAUCUUCGGUACCAUGCUGGUUUGGAGCGAGUUGAUCACGCCACACGCCAUCCGGGUGCAGACGCCUCCCAGACACAUCCCCGGGGUCGUUGAGGUCACUCUGUCUUACAAGUCCAAACAGUUCUGCAAAGGCACACCAGGACGGUUCAUAUACACAGCACUGAAUGAGCCAACCAUUGACUACGGUUUCCAGAGGCUUCAGAAGGUCAUCCCUCGGCACCCUGGGGACCCCGAGAGGCUGCCAAAGGAGGUUAUUUUAAAGAGAGCAGCCGACCUGGUAGAAGCCCUUUAUGGUUUGCCCCAUAAUAACCAGGAGAUCAUCCUGAAGCGUGCGGCGGACAUUGCAGAAGCUCUCUACAGCGUUCCGCGAGGACACACCCAGCUCUCCGGCUCCAACCACAGCGGCAUGAUGGGGGUCAACUCCUUCACUGGGCAGCUGUCCGUCAACGUCUCUGAACCCCCUCAGGCCAAUCAGGGUUUCGUGCGCAGCAGCAGUAGCGUUUCCCCUCACGGUUACGUGCCCAGCUCCACGCCUCAGCAGACCAGCUACACUUCAGUCACCAGCACCAUGAACGGCUACGCUAACAACACCGGCAUGACCAACAUGGGGGGCUCGCCCACUUUCCUCAACGGCUCCGCAGCCAACUCGCCUUAUGCUAUUGUUCCAUCCAGUCCCACUAUGGCCUCCUCCACCUCCCUCCCCUCCAACUGCUCCUCCUCUUCUGGCGUCUUCUCCUUCUCUCCGGCCAACAUGGUUUCGGCGGCCGUUAAGCAGAAGUCCGCCUUCGCUCCAGUGGUCAGGCCCUCGUCCUCCCCUCCGCCCUCCUGUAACAGCGCCAACGGCAACGGGCUCCAAGAUCAAACAUUUGUGGACUCUAGCAAGUACUCAACAAGCAACUCUCUACAAGGCCUGGCCUUCACCUGAACAAUCCCGGGAAUGAUCGUCCCACCCAUGUAAAGGUGUGAGUGCAUGACUAUGUGUGUGCGUGUGUGUGUGUGUGUGUGUGUGUGUGUGUGUGCGUGCGUGUGCGUGUGACUGUGUGCGAGAUGAACCAAGCACACUCACACCGAUCCCGGCGGAGGAUUUCGGUGCGAGUCAGACUCCGGUCGGGGAUGGAAGCAGUCGUCCCGAUCUGAAGGAACAAACCCAACUCAGGCCCUUUCUAACACAAAAACAACAACUGAAGAAGAAAAAACAGACGGAGAACAAACAAAGACUGUUUGCAAAGAAAUAAGUUGUUUAGACUUUGUACACCUCGAUGCUUUUAUAGGAGAACGGCCACGCCUACAUUAUGACUCUCCACGGACACAGGAAGUGUAUUUAUUUUGGAGAGAAUCCACUUCCUCCCUUGAGUGAUUUUCUUUUAGUGCAACAGUUAACGUGUGAUAAUCAUCUUCUAACUCACAUGAGGGAUUUUUCUAUUUAUGAAGUUUGGUCAUUAAUGAAGGAAUAUAAUGUGAAGAACACCUGACGAUGAUGACGGUGAUGAUGAUGAUGACGAAGAGGCUGCGGGAUUCAUACAGAGUCAGAUCCAGCCGACACAGACAAGCCAAACCAGACUCACACUUUCACUUCUUGUUGCCAAAUCCAGCGUCACUCUUUCAGCGCAAACAGACAGCGAGGUCUUCCUCCGCAUUUAACCGAGGAUCGAGAUGCUUCCCGCCUGCGACUGAUGCUGCAUUUUUAGCCAUUUAAGAAAACCUCCAUGUUCGCUUUGAGCUCGCUUCACAUACAUCUGCAACCGCUGCUACAUUUUCUAGAAGGAGAAAAUCAGUCGCUCAGUCAACAGAAGGUGCAGAGAGAAAACAAAAUUCAGUCAUUUAACAAACCAAGAAUUGAAUGUAUUUCCACCCAAGAGAGAAAUUAGACGUGCAGCGGUUCCGGUUCAGGACAGAUUUGACGAUCUAUCUGUAAAAAAGGCCAUAAAUAAGUGCAUGAGUGUGUGAUCGCUGGGUGCCAACAGCAGCUUCUAAACAGCUCUGCCACCGAGUCCGUCCAUCGGCGCUGUUAUACCACACCAUCUGGUACAAAGUCGGACGCCGCCACAGCAACCUCUGUAAGAGGGUUUCACAUGUCUUAAAGACUGCUGCCAUUUCGAUUUUGUUGUGAGAGUUCUCAAAUGUUUGUCUUAAUACAUAAAUCCUCUUGUUUUCUUUUUCUUUUGGUUUGCGGUGUUGUUUUUUUAUUCUUCCUGCGAUCAGCCGGCCAAUCAGAUUGUGUUUUUUUUUCUGUUACGUGGACAUUUAUCUGGUGUGAUUGACAACGUGAGUGAGGAAAUGAUCUUAAUGGUCUUAAAUGCUGCGCUGCAAAGAAUGUUGUUCAAUCUUCAACUGAGUCUUAAAAAAUCAACGUGAUGUCACAAAAAUACGUGAAAUGACCACGACCUCUUAACAGUGCAUUGUGUGGUGGCGGCUCGUAAUGUGUUAAAAUUAGAAUUAAAAUGUUUAAUCACGAUUAAUCGCAAAUUAAUCGCACAUUUUUUAUCUGUUCAAAAUGUACCUUAAAGGGAGAAGUAUUUAAUACUCUCACCAACAUGGAAGUGGGUAAA